CGCUGCUGUGUUGGUUGACCCUAACAUGCAGCGUUCGUUGGGAUGCAAGGCUGCCAUGUACGGAUUACAAUAUAUGAUCUAAAUGAUCUAACGCUUCCACCUAACAUCAACCGCCUGGCUUCGUUAAUCGGCGUUGAACACCCCUCGUUAAAAUGUCUGCCACGACUCUCGGUCACAAUGGAGUCGAAGCUGUCAAGCGCAAGGAAUACGGCGAGGCGAUCCAGUUUCUCGACAAGGCUCUCGAGUCUUCCGAAUCGCCCGUCUGGCUUCUCGCACGCUCUGAAGCCCACCAAAACCUCAAGAACUUCGAGGCGGCUCUCCGCGACGCUGAACUCGCAUACAAUGUGGCAGCCCAGCGCGGUUCGGGGAACUCGCGCAAGCAGAUGAUCGAAGCUCAGUAUCGCCGCUCAGUCCAAUACCACCGGCUCGGCCGCUACGCCGACGCAGAUUGCUGCGCAAAGUGGAGCAUGUCAUUGGCAGAGGGCCGUCCGGCACGCGAAGACGAUGGUGUCGAGAAGAAGGUGGACGAGAACGGCAACUACACCGUGACCUACGAGGACGGGGUUGCCGAUAACAAGGGGCAACCGGGGGAGAACGUGGAUAAGUCGGCUGGGAUCGAGCAGCGCCUGACUCAGGCCUCGGUCAAAACGGGGUUCGAGGACGAUUGGAGGCGUGCUUACAUCUGGAGGAGCCAGGUGCUCGGCAUGAUGAAGAAUCUCCCCGAGGAUCACCCCGGCCGCAAGGUCAGUGUCACGAAAGUUCCACCCAAGCCGCAAAAGGAUGCCGAAAAGGCGACGCCAAAGGUCGCGGAGGAGAGUAGGACGAGCCUUGCGAAACCGACCGAGCCCCAGACGGGCAUGGACGCUGAAACCGCAGCGCAGGCUGAAAUUCCCCGGCCCGAUCCCGUCAGCGGAUUCGACACGCAGCUCCAGCUUCGCACAGCGUUUUACCAGAGCAACCAGACAGUCACUCUCACGCUGUUCUCGAAGGGUAUAAAGCGAGAGGCCUUGGACGUUAAGAUGUCGAAGAACAAGAUUCAAAUUGCACCACUACCUCGCCCCAACGCUCCCUGGGCGAAACCUGGUGAACCCGAGGCCACCUCAACGCUCUUCCUUGAUGGUGAAAUCGACCCGUCAAAAUCCCGCUGGACCGCGACACCACUGAAGAUCGAGCUGGUCCUCCACAAGGCCGCUCCCGGUGUCAAGUGGGGGACAUGGGGCAAGGAGUGGAUUGGCGCCGCCAGCGCCGAGACAGCAGUCCCCUCCGCGGAGACAACGCCCGCAACCUCUGCCGCCAGCCCCCCUGACGCCGGCCCCGCUGCUGCUCCCAUCGCCCCGCCGCCGGCCUCCGCGGCAGCGCCGGCCUACCCGACGAGCAGCCGACACGGCCCCAAAGACUGGGAGAAGCUGGGCCAGGAGGAAGCAGAAGACGACCAGAACGACGUCAACUUCUUCUUCAAGCAGCUGUACAAGGGCGCUACGCCGGAGCAGCAGCGGGCCAUGAUGAAGAGCUUCAUCGAAAGCAAUGGGACUGCGCUCAGCACCGACUGGGAGGACGUCAAGAGCCGCAAGGUGGAGACUGUCCCGCCUCAGGGCGUGGAGGCGAAGAAGUGGGACAGCUAGAUCUGGGCGUCGAGGGCUUCUUCUCUCCUUUUGUCGAUUUCGUUCUUUGGUCUGCUUGGUUUUGGCGUCGGUGUCAAGGGGUGGGUUUUGGCCGACUCAAAUCGCCUCUUGAUUUUGACUUGCAUGGAGCCGUUGGGAGGCGUUGCGAGUUAAGUGACUAGGUGCAUCGGAGACUGGCCAUGGGCGCAAGGAACUGAG